AUGCAAACUGAAGAAAAAAAAACUCUCGAAACUUGCGGGAGGGUGGUCAGCAUCAGCGCGCAGGGCGUCGACCUCAACGUCACGCUGCCGUCGGACAUCCACCACCUCUCCAAGCUACGCUUCCUCGACCUCCGCCGCAACAGAAUCACUGGUCCGCUCCCCCAGGCGCUGUUCCCGGAGCUCAAGACGCUGCUCGUUGACCGCAACAGCUUCACCGGCGUUCCGCCAAACAUCCUCGCCCUCAUGCCGAUGCUGACAAAGCUGACUCUGAACGACAACGUGGAGCUCAAGGAGUGGGAGCUCCCGGCUGCCCGAAGCCCCCACUCGCAGCUCCAGGUGUUCGAGGCGCGUAACGCCAGCGUCGCCGGGACGCUUUCCUUGUUCCUCCGCAGCGGCAGCGCCCACCCCAACCUUGUCCGCCUGCUGCUCGCCAACAACCGCCUCGCCGGCCAAGUCAUGUUCAGCAGCACAAUGCUCAGGUACCUGGACCUCAGCCACAACAUGCUCACCGGCACGAUCGAGUUCAUCACCGGCCUUCCUAACGUGCAAGAGCUGCGUCUACACGACAAUGCCUUCACCGGAGUGCUUCCAGACUUCUCCAAGCUCUGGAGGCUCAGAGUUCUCACUCUCUCUCAGAACCAGUUCACGGGGAUUGUGCCGGUGUCACUGAUCAACCACGGCGGUCUCACCUCGGUGUCCCUGACGGAAAAUCUCUUCCAGGGCCCCCUCCCGGAGUUCCCUCGGUCCGUGCAGACGGAUGUCGCGCACGCGGCAUAUUGGGGGAGCUUCUGCCGACCGGAGCCCGGACCCUGUCAAGAACGCGUCGUUCUGCUGCUCCUCAUCGCUGCGGCGUUCCAGUUCCCGGUGAGCCUUGCGACGAGCUGGAAAGGGAACGACCCGUGCGCCGGGUGGCUCGGCGUCUACUGCGACAACAGCACGGGCGAGAUCAUCGGCAUCAACCUGAGUCACCUCGCACUCAACGGAACAAUCAGCCCGGUGUUCGGAGCUCUGAGGUCACUUCAAGCGCUCCUGCUAGGCGGCAACAACCUCGCCGGCGUAGUUCUGCAGUCCCUAUUGCGGUUGCCGUCCCUCCGCGUCCUCGACGUGUCUGACAACGCCGCUCCGGAGGACAUGCCGCACUUCCGCAGUAGCGUGCUCAUCUUGGCUCGAGCCUCGAGGGAACCCAAAGCUCACGGCUAUCGUCCCAAGGUCGCCGGCAAGCCGUUAGUUAUAUCUAUCUGA